AGAAAACAGAACAAAAGACGCAGGCAAGAGCUUUGCAUGCACUACGGAGCUAUGAUGGGGUUUGGACAAGGAUAUACUGGAUUAAUGUAAGAUUGAGAAGCAACGUUGUGAAGAUCCCUCCUAAAAAGAAACCAGAAACGAGCCUUUUAAAGCACUGGGAGACUGCUAAAGGACUGGAUGCAAGCACUCACUUUCCCAGCAUGGAAAAGGUGGAGAGAAUUCACCCAAACAGGCAAGCCAUGGUUUUUAUUUUUAUUCUGGUUUUGGUUCAGGUUUGGAGUGAGCCAACAACUCGGUACUCUGUCAUGGAGGAAACAGAAAGCGGCUCCUUUGUAGCCCAUCUGGCCAAGGACCUGGGUCUGAGUUCUGGGAAUCUGGCAGCCAGGUCUGCACGGGUGGUGUCUGAUGAUUACAAGCAGCGAUUGCUGCUGGAUCCCGAGACUGGAGAUCUGCUUCUGAGGGAGAAACUAGACCGGGAAGAGCUCUGUGCCUCUGUGGACCCCUGUGUGCUGCAUUUCCAGGUGUCUCUUGAAAAGCCAGUGCAGUAUUUUCAAGGAGAAUUACUGAUCCAGGACAUAAAUGACCACUCACCAGAAUUCCCAGAUAGGGAAAUGCUUUUGAAAUUACCAGAAAACAGUCAGCCAGGCUCACAGUUUUCAUUAAAACUAGCUCAGGACUUGGAUGUGGGCAGCAAUGGGCUUCAACAAUACACAGUCAACCCCAACUCUCAUUUUCAUGUCCUCACUCGAAAUAAUAGUGAAGGCAAGAAAUACCCAGAAUUGGUGCAGGACAGAGCCCUGGACAGAGAGGAGCAGGCAGAGCUGAGCUUGACCCUCACGGCUCUGGAUGGGGGCUCUCCACCUAGGUCAGGAACAGUCAUGGUUCGAAUCCUGAUCCUGGACAUCAAUGACAAUGCCCCUGAAUUUGUGAAGACCCCCUAUGAGGUGCAGGUCCUGGAGAGCAGCCCCCCAGACUCCCCGGUCCUGACUGUCCUAGCACGGGAUGCAGAUGCUGGCAACUUUGGGAGAGUUUCCUAUGGCUUGUUCCAAGCAUCAGAUGAAGUUCAACAGACUUUCUCAAUAAAUGAAAUCACGGGAGAAAUACGACUGAAAAAGGGGUUGGACUUUGAAAAAAUUAAAUCUUAUCAUGUGGAAAUCGAGGCCACGGAUGGAGGAGGCCUUUCUGGGAAGGGCGCUGUGCUGAUAGAGGUGGUGGAUGUGAACGACAAUGCCCCAGAGCUGACCAUAUCUUCACUGACCAGCUCAGUUCCAGAAAAUGCUCCUGAGACCAUAAUCAGCAUCUUCAGAGUUGGAGACAGGGAUUCUGGAGAGAAUGGAAAGGUAGUUUGUUCUAUUCCGGAAACCCUGCCGUUCAUCCUCAAAUCCACUUUCAAGAAUUUCUACACCCUGGUGACAGAGAGUCCUCUGGACAGAGAGAGCAGAGCUGAGUACAACAUCACCAUCACAGUCAGCGACAUGGGCACACCCAGGCUCACAACCCAGCACACCAUAACAGUGCAAGUGUCUGACGUCAACGACAACGCCCCCACCUUCACACAAAGCUCCUACACCCUGUUUGUGCGCGAGAACAACAGCCCCGCCCUGCACAUAGGCACCAUCAGCGCCACAGACUUAGAUUCAGGCUCCAAUGCCCACAUCACCUACUCGCUGCUGCCAACCCACGACCCGCAGCUGGACGUCUUCUCGCUCAUCUCCAUUAAUGCCGACAACGGGCAGCUGUUCGCGCUCAGAGCCCUGGACUAUGAGGCCCUGCAGGCCUUCGAGUUCCACGUGGGCGCCACAGACCAAGGCUCUCCCGCGCUCAGUAGCCAGGCGCUGGUGCGCGUGCUGGUGCUGGACGCCAACGACAAUGCGCCCUUCGUGCUCUACCCUCUGCAGAACGCCUCUGCGCCCUUCAUAGAGCUGCUGCCCAGGGCGGCAGAGCCUGGCUACCUGGUCACCAAGGUGGUGGCUGUGGAUCGCGACUCUGGCCAGAAUGCUUGGUUGUCAUUCCAGCUGCUGAAGGCUACGGAGCCAGGGCUGUUCAGUGUGUGGGCUCACAAUGGCGAGGUGCGCACCUCCAGGCUGCUGAGUGAGCGCGAUGCGCCCAAGCACAGGCUGCUGCUGCUGGUCAAGGACAAUGGCGAUCCUCCGUGGUCUGCCAGUGUCACUCUGCAUGUGCUGCUGGUGGAUGGCUUCUCUCAGCCCUAUCUGCCUUUGCCUGAGGUGGCGCGCGACCCUGUGGAUGACAAUGAUGUGCUCACACUCUAUUUGGUCAUUGCCUUGGCGUCUGUGUCUUCUCUCUUUCUCCUGUCUGUGCUGCUGUUUGUGGGUGUGAGGCUGUGCAGGAGGGCCAGGGCGACCUCCGUGGGUGGCUGCUCGUCGUCUGAAGGAUACUUUCCUGGUCACCUGGUAGAUGUCAGUGGUGACGGGACCCUGUCACAGAGCUAUCAGUAUGAAGUGUGUCUGAGGGGAGACUCGGGGACUGGUGAGUUCAAGUUCCUCAAACCCAUGAUUCCUAAUUUUUUGCUUCAGGAUCCUGGGAGAGAAAUUAAGGAAAGUCCCCACUGCAAGGAUAGCUUUGCUUUCAGUUAAGUAUUCAAAGUGGUCCCCUGUAUCUUCAGAAUUAACAUGCAGACUUUUAUAUAGAUAAGCGUAAAGCGUACCUCUUUUUCAAACUACUGCAUGUGUGUGUAUGUCCCACUGCUCCAACUUUUCCUGUAGGUAUUGCACAUGGUUAGACUGUCAUUAUAGAAUAUGUGUAAUAUGUAUUUUCUUUAUUUUUAUAUGCGUUUGGUGACUAAUAUUCUCAUAACUACAAAUAACUCUAGUAGCAUAAAAUCAAAUUAUUUUCCUCCUUAAUACUAAUAAGAAAAUUUGAACUUCUGUAUAAUUGUGUCACUGCUUUUUCCAUAUAACUUUAUCUUUUUAAGGUUAGAAUGCUUAGUUUUUAUUUGGCCUUAGCCUACUUUUGUCUGCCAAAUUCAUGUCAAGAUGCCCUUCAUUAGAACUUUAGUACGUUCCGUUGUGACACUUGUGAGCAACAUAAAUGUUAGUGCUUGUUUUAUUUAUGUGCCUGCAAAUGUUUCAAAUAUCGCAAGAUUAAAAUUUUAUAUUAAUUGCAAUUUAGUGAAAAUUAAAGCUCAACUGUCUUAUAAUUUGUUAUUCCCUUCAUGAAGUAAAAUUGCUAAUCCGUUGCUAAGCAU